AUGUUGGAAAAGGAAAAGGGUAGAGAAGAAGGUAAGUUGGUUAGGUUAGUUACAUUGCUGAAGAGAUUGUUGCAGAAGAAUUUGAUUGGUGAUUCGGUUGCUUACUUGUUGAUUGUUUGUGUUAUGGUUAGGUUAGGGGAUUUGGGUUCUGCUUUGGAGAUGUAUAAUGAGAUGGUGAGACGAGGUUUUAGUGAGAAUUCGUUUGUUUAUAAUUCGUUUAUUGAAGCGUUUUGUGAGAAGGGGAAGAUUGGAGAGGCGAUUGGAUUGAUGCGAGAGAUGGAAGGGAAGGGAAGAUAUGAGUUUGUUAUCAUUGGUUGUUUAGCAUUUGAUAAGGUGGUGGAGAAGCUUGGUGAGAAUGGAGAUGUGGAGAAGGUGAAAGAUGUUUUGACUGUGUUGUUUUUGCCGAGUAAUGUUACAUAUUCUCAUUUGAUACGUGGUUAUGCGAGAAAUGAUAAGGUUCAGGAUGUUCUUAAGAUAUAUUAUGAAAUGGAGUAUAAGUCUUUGUGUCCUGGAUUGUCCGUUUACUCGUCCAUGAUUCAGUGUUUGUGCCGUUUUGGAAAGGUUGAAGAUGCCGAGAAGUAUUUGAGAAUUAUGAAUGGUUGA